GAAUAGGCAAAUGGUGAAUACAGUGCCCUGUGUGCAGGUGAUGCGCGCGGUGUGGGUGUCUCGGGCAGUCUGAGCCUAAGUCUAUAUAAGUCUAUAUACAUAGACUUUGGUCUGAUCCUGGCGAGCCCACAGUCGUGAGCUGGACAAGCAGUAGACAUGGGUGACGGCUGGACAAACAAGGCAGGCAGACUGCCGGGCGAGAGACUUUUAAAAGUCGACAUGCCGCGGCCAUCCAUCAGCGUCAUAAGUUUCAGACGCGAUAAGGACUUCCUUAAAAUACGGACCCUGUUCGGGGUGACGGACUUGAUGUGCAAUGAGUCCAACUGUCACGGGGUCGGACACACGUGGAACAACCGCCACAACUUCCUGGGCCUGUUAUUUCUGAUGCUCCUCACCACGAUGGUCUCCUGCCUCUUCUACGUGGCCUCGGUGAUGUUGCAGGACUUCAUCUCCAGGGAAAUCCAGUCACAGACGUCAGUGGAGCUCAAGGGUGACUCGGGGCUACAGUUACCUUCCGUUGUGAUAUGUAAUCGUGACUAUUUCUCCCGCCGAAAGCUGACCGAGAUGGGCGUCAGCAGCCGCCUCACGCACUACCUUAUUGUCUCCAUCGGCUCCACCUUGAUCUCGGAGGAAGACUUCGGGCUCAAUGAUGAUGAGUUUGAAAUCGAGAGCCGCGCUGAGCUGCUCGAAUACCUCCAGUACCGCGGCAUGAGCUUCCCGGAGCUCAUUGAGUCGAUCUCCUACGGGUGUGAGGAGAUGGUGCUGCAGUGUAACAUCGGGACCCUGGAGCACAACGCCUCGGAGUGCUGUAAGACCUUCGUGCCGGUCCGCACCCUGACGGGGCUGUGCUUCAUGCACCUUUCCUCCGACAUCGACGCCCAGCCCUCCGAGGGGGAGAACAUGGGCCUCACCUUGUUCUUGAAUAUUACAAGGGACGACUGGCCAGAUCUGGACCCUGGCAUCCUGGACCCCUCCCACACGACCAAGGUGGGGCUGCAGGCCACGUUCAUCAGCAACCACACCCACCCCGCCCAAGUGGUGAUGGGUAAAGGCUCCAUCCUGGAACCUGGCACCCACUCCUUCGCCACCCUCACCCUCACCGUGGUGCAGGACACGGGCAUGAAGACGAUGGUGGACCUGUACGAGGAGCCGUGUCUGCCGCUCGUUGACCUGAAGCCCGAGCCGGGUCUGCAAAACUUCAUUAAGACGGAACCAAACUGUGACCUUUACGCCACGAGGUCCUGCCUGGACCAAUUUUGCAACUGUACCUUAUACUCCCUCAGCUUUCCAAGAGACGAGGUAAUGCCGUGCAUGCUGAAGGACAACCAGGAGUGCCGGCGGCUGCUGCACCGAGGGCUGGGGCCUAAGAUGCCUGCUGACCUGACUGACGGUGCCGGUGACGGGACCAGGCUGGCUAUUGAGUCGUGCCUCUCCACAGCGCGGCUCUCCUGCGGGCACCUGUGUGAGCGCCACGACUUCACCUCCGCCACGAGCCGCAUGGCCGUGCCGCCGAGGAUCUACAACCACCUUGUGAACUAUUAUAAUCUCUCGGACGGGAGUGACCUCGGCAUAAUAACAGCGUUCUACCCUGACCUUCGCUACACCUCAGUCAAAAUGUGGCGCAAAGAUCUCCUGAACUUUCUAUGCAACCUGGGGGGCUACAGCGGCCUCUUCUUCGGCUGCUCCGUCCUUGUCGUCUGCGAAUUCUUAGUUUACCUUGGACUCGUUGCUCACGUCUUCAUCAGGAGACUGAUAGAGAGGAAGAAAACUGUCACCAUGAAGGUCACUCAAAAAACCUGAGCGUAAACUGAUACUUUAGAUUAGAACAAAGAUUAAACAAGGGAUUUUAAGUCUAAAUGGGAGAAAGCAAUACAUCCGGCCAUGAAGGCCUCUCUGAAAUACACUAGACUGUCUGUGCCUGGGAAGGGAAAACUUUCAAGUAAAGGAAGGAGCAAGGAAUGAUAAGUCAGUGUUAAAGACAGUGAGAUGGACCACAGAGGGCAGUUGGGUCUUUGAGAGGAAUAUACAAUGAAUACUCUUUCGAUGUUACUCUCCUGCUUUGUAUUAUGUCAAGUGGAACGUUACUAUUCGCCCCUAGAGUAAGAUGAUAAUAAAUGGCUCCUUCUUGCGCAUCUCGUUUUCUUUUCUUUUUUUUACGUCAACUUUCAACUCAAGUAAUAUUUAUGCUGCUUCUCUUCACUAAUCUCACCUUGAAAUCAAGAUUGAAUGAUAAUGUGUAAUAGUAUUCUAGAGGUAAAUCAUAAACCGUACAUUAAUGAUAUAGUUUUGUGCAGUCUUUGUCUCUCGCCUCUUGAAAGGGUUUAAGUUGUCGGCAGGAGGUAAUACAGGGUGACGUGAUGACCCAUGAAGAUCUGCACAUAGUAUUCUAGAGGUAAAUUAUAAACCGUACAUUAAUGAUAUAGUUUUGUGCAGUCUUUGUCUCUCGCCUCACCCAACCAACUCACCUCCAGCAGGUAAAGAAAGGCAGUCAUUUAAUUUGCACUUUAAUUGUCUUUGAAAUAAUUUGAUUUAUGCAUCGCUGAACAAGUGAACAUUUCAAAGCAUUUAAAAAAUGACCUGUGUCUCGGAACAACUUUAUUUUAUUUUAUUUUUACAGUAAAGGAAGCAACUCAAGGGCAAAAUAAA